GGCGGCCCCCUCCGCCCCCAAGCCGGACCACCCCAGGAGGCCCGGGGACCCCCGCCCGCCCCUGAGCCCGCCUGCCGCGGUCCCCCUCCUUAUGUGUAACUCCUGUGUGUUUCUUGGUUUUCAGAGAUCCCUCUGUACUUUGUGGACUUGCACGAUGACUUAGAAGAUUGUAAGUAUCAGUUGGGGCGCCCCCGCCCCUCCCGGGGAACCUCUCAGGGAAUUCGGGGUGCACGGAACGCCGCGGGAGAGCUACAGGCCAGGCCCUCCCUGUUGGGACAGAAGAACAGGACCCCCAACUUCCUGGAUGCACUGGUGGCGGUCCCUCCUCACUGGGCGGAGCCGGGCGAGGAUGGGGAGCCCUCCCCUCCUGAGGGAGGAUUUUGGUCGUUGUUGGGAAACUUCUGACUUCCGGUCACUUUCUUUCUCUUCCUCCUCCUCGCCCGCCGCGGCCGGGGAGGGUGCGGGGGCUUGCCCCAAGUCCUGGUGACUGGGGGCGAGAGGAGGCGCGGCCACCUCCCACCCAGGGCCUCCACUUUUUCCCUGGGACUUUUCCCAGUGCCGCGGAGUUUCAGAGUUUGGUUGGUCCCGCCCUCCUUGUGGCCGGCCACAGACUUGCACGGACUUCUCACGUGGACUGGCCACAAGCCCAGCUCCAUCACUUAUCCCAAGGAGCCCCUUUGGCGCCUUCCUUCCUGGGGUGGGUCUCCUAAACUUGGCCCUUCCUGCGCUCUCCUUCUCUUUGGAAUCGCCUUAAGGACUGCGGGCGGGGGGAGGUGUCAUCCUGUAAAUGCAAAUCCCCAUUUGUGGUAAAUGAAGCAUUUCCUUUCCGUUCAACAAACAUUUCUUGAGCACCUACUUGUUCUGGGCCAGGCCACGUGCAGCUCCCUAGACCUACAAAGAAGAGCCAGAAACAGGGGCAGCGCCCAGGGGUUCACAGUCCAGGAGGAGAGCUGACUUGUAAACAAAACGACCCAACCCCGGGAUGCUUGGCUGGUAAAGGAGUCCUGAACACGCAUGAAAAUAGCUACUGUUAAUUUCCUACCCCGUCCACAGGUUCCUAAUAGCAAGAGUUGGUGUUUGCUGGAAACUUACCACGGGUCAGGCACGGUUUUAAACGCUUUGCUUUACAGACAUUUAUCUCUUUUAGAAGGAAGCAACAUUAUUAAAGUAGGAUGGCACUUGAAGGGGUAAUAAAGCCAAUGGUUAGGAGCACAGGUUCUGGAGUCAAAUGGCCAGAGGAUGAAGGAGGUCCUGUGUCAUCUUUACUGGCUAUGUGAUCUUGGCCUCAGUGGCCUCAUCUGUAAAAGGGGCAUAAUAGUGUUCCAUGUCAAAGGCUUUUGUGAAGUAAAGUGAGUAAAAGGUUUUGCGUCAAGCCCUGUAUAUAAACACUCAGUAAACAAUAGCUGCUAUCAUUAUUGUUAUCAACGUGGUCAUUAUUCAUACUUGCUUAACACUGGUGAGCCAGAUGCAGUAUAGACCCUGGGUUCACAGAGAUGAGUGUUUUCAGCCAGGGGGCAUCUGUGAAUGGAAGGAAUGUAGCAUUUCCAUUGGUGAACAUCAGUGAGCUUCUGUUAAGUCCCCUUUUAUUGAUGGAUUUGCCAUUUGGCCUGGCUGGAAAGGCUGAUUGCUGACGGUUUUCCUUACCUAACGAAUCACCCCAAAACUUAAUGACUUAAACCAACAGCAUUUUAUUAUUGCUAACAGUUCUGUGGGUUGACUGGGUGAUUCAGAAGCUUCAUGUGUUCUCCGUUGAACUCUGGGAAGGUGAGAAGGUCCGAGAUGGCUUCACGCGCAGGAGAUCUCACCAGACUGUCAGACAGGACCUCUGUUCUCCAGGUGUCUUUUCCACUUGGUUUGGUUGGGAUUCUCAAAGCAUGGUGGCUGCAGGCAGUUGGGCCUCUUUCCUGGCGGCUCACGUCCUUGUCUUUUUUGUAUAUAUGUACCAAAAGGCACUAAGACUCUAGGAAAAAAUAAUUGUGAUUUUACUUUGGCCUUGUUUGAGCAAGUACUGGGUAUUUGGACCUAAUACUAGAGGAGGCCUUAAAUAUUCUGUAGCAGACUGCUGAAGACUUGCCCCAACAGAGAAGGAAACUACCAUUAUGGCUCUGAAUCUGCUACAGCUCAUAAGUGAUCGAACCAGCAGUCACGCUCUGUCCCUUUUGACCCUUGUCCUUUUUUUUCCUGCCACCCAGAUCUACCUCAGAUAUUCUUAACCUAAUGCUAGGGGCACGGCUGUCAGUUUGAGUGGUUUUGUGUCGUCUUCCUUGGGUGUUUUGUCCAAGUGAUGCGGUAACUGCUUCAUUUAGGCGGUCAGUCGCGGUGGGCAGGGACACAGGUCACCCUUUGUAUAACCCAAUGUCCUGUGUGAGCUAGGCAUAUAAUUAAUUAAUUACAGUUGUGACUUGGAACAGUAAUGGAUUGCAAGGCUUGUCUGAUUUACUUGGGGAUUCUUGAUUAAAUUUGACUAACUUAAAAAAAAAAAAAGCCUUAAUGAAUGGAUGCCUUGUUUUUUAAAAAUCAUUCAGAGUCUUCAGGCCAUCGCAGCACAGAAAAAAAUUUAAUUUUAGAGAGUUAGCUUGCUAAAUUCCUUCUCUCGAGAGCAGAAAGUGUGUGCGGUGGCCUGGCAUAUUGGUCCCGGUGGAGGAUUGCACUGGAAAGUGGAGCUUUGUGAGUUUGUGCCUAAGGGGCCUAUGAAUUUGCUUACAGCGUGUGCAGCCUGAACAGGUAUUACUCUCAGUAAGGUCUGUCGGCCGAUUAGAAUGUAAGCCUGUGUCGGUGGUAGGUGGGAAAAAAAACACACCAAAAAACACCCCGAGCGCAAUCCAUUGUGGAUGAAAAGACACCUAAGUGACCUAUACUUGGGCUCUUAGUUGAACAAACCAGCUUUGACAAGACAUUAUUGAGACAGUUGGGGAAAAUUGAACUUGGACUGGGUGGUAGCUGAUGGUAAGGAUUAUUAUGAAUUCUGUCAGAUGUGGUAGUCACAUCAGUUUCGUUCAAAGGAGAAAAGGCCUUAUCUAACAGAAACAAGCAAGUGUUUAUGGGCGAAAUGAUUUGAUGCGGGAGGUCUGCUUUCAGAUACCGCAGCAAACAAUAAACAGGCACAAAGUGGGGAGGAAGGAUAAGGGGGAGAAGAAGGGCAGAAUAUUGAUACUUGUUGAGGCGGGUUGCCGGGGACGGCGGGUUUAUUAUACUGUUCUCUCUGUUUUUGCAUGUGUGUGUGAAAAUGUCCACAGUACAGGUUUUAAAAAAUGGAAGUUUCAUCUGUGACCAAACAUCUGCACAAAGAGUUGGAAAGCUGGAUUCCCAGUUCUGAAGGCACUACAGAGUUACAAUGGAUUUGAAGACUACGGCCCGGAUCGUGACAGCAUGAGGCUAACGGCCUUUCUGGACGUUCCAGGCCAGGGUAACCUGCCUCCCCUCGCUCGCCUGGAAAAGUAUGCUUUCAGUGAGAACGUCUUCAACCGUCAGAUUAUUGCCAGAGGGCUGAAUGACAUCCUCCGGGACUUCAGUAACAACGAGGAGGACUUCUUAACGGUCAUGGAGAUUGUGGUCAGAUUGUCAGAAGACGCAGAGCCCACGGUGCGGACCGACCUGAUGGAACAGAUUCCUCCCAUUGCCGUCUUUUUACAAGAAAACAGAUCAAAUUUUCCAGGGGUGCUCACUGACUGUCUUACACCGAUCGUAGUGAGGUACCUCACGGAUCCGAGCAACCAGGUUAGAAAGUCAAGUCAGGAAGUGCUCUUGAUUCUUCUGGAACAAGAUCUAAUUUCCCAGCACGAUAUUGAAAACAAAGUGUGUCCGAUCCUGCUGGCACUCUCUGCCCCAGACAGCGACGACGAAUAUAAAGCAGAAGCCGUGAACAUCAUCUGCAAACUGGCUUCGGUGCUGAACAAGAGCACAGUUGAACGCCUGCUGCUCCCUCGCUUCUGUGAACUGUGUGGGGACGGGAAGCUCUUUCAAGUUCGGAAGGUGUGUGCUACAAAUUUUGGUGAUAUUUGUCAUGCCGUUGGACAAGAAGCCACUGAGAAAUUUCUGAUCCCAAAGUUUUUGGAGCUCUGCUCAGAUAAUGUGUGGGGGAUGCGAAAAGCCUGUGCGGAGUGCUUCAUGGCUGUGUCCUACAGCGCGUCCCCGGAGGUCCGCAGAGCGCAGCUGUCACCCCUCUUCAUCAGACUCAUCAGCGACCCCUGCCGAUGGGUGCGCCAGGCGGCCUUCCAGUCCCUGGGCCCCUUCAUUUCCACCUUCGCGAACCCCCCCAGGGCUGGCCUUUAUAUUGGAGAAGACGGCCCCCUCAGCAUCCGACCACCGGCUCGGGGCCUGGACUCUGACUUCACCCCGGGGUCGCCCGGCACAGGCAGUUGUGGAAGCACGUCCUCGGCCUGUUCCGCAAGGCCGGCGCGCACGGAGCCAGACCUGCCCACGGAAGGCACGUCCGCGGGAACCAGCAAUUUCCCGUGCCGUAGCUCCUCUCGUGGCAUGAUGGGAAACUCAGUGGAAGACUCUGCCUUGGCUGGAGCUGAGCUGACCGGGCUCUCCCCAGAGGCCAGUGCCACCCUCAAGCUCCCUGAGAGGAACGACCUCCCCGUCAACAGCCACCCUGGACCCGGCUCUUGGACCUGCCCAGAGAGUCCUGAGGACGUAUUCGAUAAUUUCCUCUAUUGGCGAACUCCUCUCCCUGACAUAAGCAAGGACCUAGAAGAGCUGCUUCUGAGCGAGGCUGGGCCACGCGAAAAAGGCUGCAGCAGACCCGAGGCUGUGCAAAACAGCUGCGUGGCCAGGAGCGAGAUUCAGAAAGUCCUUGAUAGUUUACAGGAGCAUGUGAUGGAUGAUCCAGAUGUUCAAGCUCAGGUUCAGGUAUUAUCAGCUGCACUGAGAGCCGCACAGCUUGACUCUGUGAAUGAGCCCGCGCACAAGCCGACAGAAGGUCUAAAUGAAGUGUCCGUUUCAGAUCCCAGCCCUGCCUCUGACAAUCAGAUGGCUCUGUCGGCUUCAUCAUCGCAGAAGGAGCUCUCCGUGGCCAGGAUAUUACAAAGCACAGACCCUGGCGAACCCUGCGGUGGAGUCAGGGACCCUCUGGAGACCGAGCAGAGGCAUCUCCCCGCCCCACUCGAGGAGAAUAAAUCUAAAUUACAGGAUGUAAUACCUCAGCCCCUGCUAGAUCAGUACGUGUCGAUGACUGACCCAGCUCGAGCCCAGACUGUCGAUACCGACAUCGCCAAGCACUGCGCCUACAGCCUCCCGGGGGUGGCGCUUACCUUGGGCAGGCAAAACUGGCAUUGCCUCAAAGAUACGUACGAAACGCUGGCUUCUGACGUGCAGUGGAAGGUGCGGCGGACCCUGGCCUUCUCUAUUCACGAGCUGGCUGCGAUUCUUGGGGACCAGCUAACAGCAGCUGACCUGGUGCCCAUCUUCAACGGAUUUUUAAAGGACCUGGAUGAAGUACGAAUAGGAAUUCUCAAACACCUGUAUGACUUUCUAAAGUUGCUUCAUGAAGACAAGAGGAGAGAAUAUCUUUAUCAGCUUCAAGAAUUUGUAGUGACCGAUAACAGCAGGAAUUGGAGGUUUCGAUAUGAACUAGCAGAACAGCUGCUACUCAUUUUGGAACUCUAUAAUCCCCAUGAUGUUUAUGAUUAUUUAAUGCAUAUUGCCUUGAAGUUGUGUGCAGAUAAAGUUUCUGAAGUUCGAUGGAUCUCCUUCAAGCUUGUUGUGGCCAUUCUGCAGAAGUUCUAUUCACACAGUGAAAGUGCGUUGGGGUUAGCUUUCGUCCAUGAGCUCAUCGUAAGGUUCCGGCACUGUGCUAAGUGGGUUGGAAGGCAAGCUUUCGCUUUCAUUUGUCAGGCGGUGGUGAGCGAGGAGUGUAUCCCCGCAGACCAGUUUGUCGAACACUUACUCCCCAGUCUUUUAAGCCUCGUGUCAGAUCCUGUGCCCAACGUGAGAGUUUUACUAGCCAGAGCUCUGCGGCAGACGCUGUUGGAAAAGGCGUAUUUGAGAAAUGCCGGUAACCCUCAUCUUGAAGUCAUUGAAGAGACCGUCCUGGCCCUGCAGUCCGACCCGGACCCAGACGUGUCCUUUUUUGCCACUCUCCAACCCAAGCGGCGGAGUACUGCAGACAGCCGUGUGCUAGAAGAGCGGAACUAACCCCUCUGUGGUCGCGCACGCUCUGGGCACUUCGCACGCGGCACGGACUGCUCACCCCAGCUUGUCGGGGGGUCUGAUUGUGUCACACCUUCCGAGGGAGGAAAGAUUCCUGAAACUUUGAGGGUGGGCACUCAGAUGGCGCCUUCCCCUCCCGCAGUCACAGGGACUGCACCUGGGCCAGGCGCCACGCUUCUGCGCCCCUCCCUGCCUGAUCAGGAGGUCCGGGCCAAGGUGGUGGAACCAGGCGGGUGGCUGGGGGUGGGGCCUCCAGAACAUCAGACUGCCCUCUCUCCCACAGACCAGAUUAUUUAAGCCCCCCCCUCCCCCCCCCCGCCCCCCACACACAUCAAGUAGUUUAUUAGAAGAUUUUAAGUCUUUAAUGGACUUGCACAUUUGGCUUCCCUUAUGCUUUCCUAUAAAAUACAGUUUAUGGUAUCACAUUUUAUUUUUAACUGAAAUAAUGUACAUAUGUAAAUAGCUCUUGACAGGAAGAGCUAAUAUAUUAACGUAACAUUAGCCUCCUAUCAGUGAGCAGAACAAAUACAUCAUUUAAAUUUAUGCUGCACUUUGAGUUACUGCAAAUAUAGCCCAAUUUGUUUACUUUUGAAAAAUGUGAUAGUUAAGGAAAUCUACUAAAGAAUGAUUUAUGGAAGUCUUUCUAAUAUUGUACUUUUGUAUAAACUGUACUUGGAACUUUUCCUCAGGCACUUACCCCUCCCCUUCUCGUAGGAACUGUAUCCAUAAAGACACGUACUGGCCUUUGACAGAGCAUAAAGUAGAAAGAUUUUUCGCUCUUACAUGGAUUCAUUAUCAUACAUUUGAGAGAGGGAAAUUGAUCAUUGAGAUGCAUGGAUAUCGACUUUGUAUCUAAUGCUCUAGGAUCUUAACAGAAAGUAACAGAAAAAUAGGACCCCGCAGAUCUGAUCAGUUCAUAUACUUGCCAGUUGUUUGGGGGGUUAGAUUAUGACACCCUUCAACUUGACCUGAGUACACAGAACUUAACAUUUCACGCUUUUAAAAUUUAGAGUGAGAGAAAGAUGCUCUGGAAACUUAAACGAGUUUUCCAUUAAUCAUUUAAGAUUCUACAGACGUUUGCGUAAAUUCUGUAGAAUGUGUAAGCUCGUGUUCUUUUUAUUUCUAUCUUUGUCUUCUCGAAAGUAGGCAUCAAAGGAAGGAAGGAGAGGCCCAUUUGGGGUUCAAGAGCUGCCUGCAAAGGUCAUGUUGCUGUGGCCAUUCUCCCCUUGGAUCUUUUUCUUGUCCGUCUUUUCUUUCUCCCUUUUUUUAAAAAAUAAAAUCUCUGCAGCUAUAUAUUGAAUUUCCGGGAAUACAGGAUGUUCUCCCCUCCCCCAAAUUCCACUGAGUUGAUUCUUUAAAAAGAAAGGAAGGAAUCUAUACCGUGCCAAAGAAAAUAAGGUACAUGUGUGAGAAUUUCAAAUUGUAACCCAGGGUAGCAUUUUGGCAACUUCAGCAAAGAGGGAGCCAAUAAAUUGGAGGCUACGUAUUAGAGAGAGAGAGGGGGAAAAAAAAUCAGUCCAUCUUGUGUUCUUCAAGGAAAUAGAUGGAGCUAAUUGUUUUGCUUCAGUAACAAACCAUUUUUGAUCCUUUUCAUGUUAGAAAUUGAGAUUGGCCUAUUGUUAAAAUCUGUUGAUCUAGCAGCACGUAGAAUUAUUCAACUGGAAUCUUGGGUUCUGUGCAGAGGUUAAUUUUCCACUAAGGAAAAAAAAAUUCCCCUCGGUUUGUGUCCUGAUGUGUAAUGUAGCAUCUGGGUGCCGAAUCCAGUGUGCUUGUAGGGACUCUCCCGUAAAUAAUCCAACCUUUAAACAUUGCCGGUUAUACACUGAAGAUCGUCCAUAACUUGAUAGGAAUGCCUUUCCGGUGCAAAGAUUUUUUUUUUUUUCAUGACUAAUCUCUCUGCCAAAAAAUAUGUGCAAAGCUCCUAUGUUCUUCUUUUGUAACAACGGAGGUUUUUUUCUAA